CUCAACCUCGCCAGUCAUGGAUGUUGUAAAUAGAGAUCCUAACAGUCUUAAUGAAUAUCUGCAGCAAUUACGAGAUGACUUACGGUUGGUGGAUGUGCCAAUUAAGCAGACGAAAAGGAAGGAAACACCACCUAGUCCACCCCCAGGACCCUACCUCAAAACUGUGGAAUUUGACGACGUUAUCGCUGAACCAGAAGGCACCUAUUCUCCAUCCUGCGUUUGGAGGAACUCCAAAUACUUCUUCACCUGCUCAAAGAACUGCUGCUACCGCUGUUUAUCCCUAGUGUGUGGGAUUCCCAUCGCCCUCAUCGUGGGCUGCAGUUUCGCCUGCAUCACAUUCCAGCACGUGUGGUGCAUCGCCCCUGCACUCAGGCAGUUCACCAUCAACUGCCAUGCGGUGAAGCAGUUUCUACGGACGGCGCUGGACGCUUGUAUCGGACCUUGUUGCACGACGCUCGGCCUUAUAUUCAGUAGGAUAAAAGUUAAUCAUCACACUGAGAAUGGAAGAAUUUGCGUUUAA